AUGACGCUGUUACGUGUCAACGUCAUCGUCACGGUUGGUUGGAAACCUUUCUACGCCCUCUUCAUUUCAAAAUAUGACAAACUUAUUAUUCCUGAACUUAUCCAGAAAUCUUUUAGGAAAGGAGUUAAACGUCAGUCCUCAAAACAUGUAUUUGAUCACCUCCAUAGUUUGAAGGUACUGGAUCUGUCCUACAACUGGAUAACUAGCUUGCAUAUAGAUAUGCUUGUAUUCAUGUCAAAUAUUGAGCACCUAAACUUAAGUAAUAACGAAAUAAAAAGUGUCACUUUUGAUCUCUCAGCUGCUUUAAAAUUGCGUAGUAUAGAUUUGUCUUCCAAUAAAAUUGUGAUGUUGGAUUCAAAAUCAAUGGACUUUUUAGAUGCUUCUAGGGAGAAACAACUCUCUAUCCAAAUGUCGAGCAACCUAUUACAGUGUGAAAACUCAGCAUUUGAAGAAUUUAAUUCUUCAAAGACCAAGACACGGCAGUACUACAUUAAGAAAAUGAGUUUCGUUGCAACUAUAUUGUUCUACAUUCUUGUUGCAUUCUUGAAGCAGUCACAACAAUUAAGCUGUUCUUCCGAGCCACAAUGCAGAUGUUUUAUCGAAAGAGGGAUGCUAAGCGUCGAUUGCAGCUCGCUUAACCUUACUCAUUCUCCAAAAUUCGAACAAAAUGUUAGAUGCAUUUAUCUUAACAACAAUGGUCUUACUGAUAUACCUACUGACAUGCCACAAGAGAUUGUACGGCUAGAUAUAAGCGAUAACAAUAUUCGAAAUCCAAAAAAGGCAAGUCUUUCAAGGUAUAAAAAUCUACAAUGGCUAAAUAUUGAACAUAAUUGUUUAUGGCAGAGAUAUAUGAAAUGGCCGUCACGCUUUUUUGAGAAUCUGACAAAACUCGAUACUUUGCUCAUGAAGGAUACUUGUUCUGAAAUUCCUGAAAGUAAAAUCAAGGAGAUGAAGUAUUCCAAGGAAGGCUUUUACGGACUUCCGUCAUUAAGACAUAUCGAACUAAACGGAUUAGGUGGCCAUAACUUUGAGGACGCAUUUGAAAAAAAUAAUUCGAUUCAAGUUCUUGCAUUUGCAAAAUAUGGUGGUCUUUGUGUUCUGAAUAGCAUCGAGAAUGACACAUUCAAUAUUUUCCAACAAUUGAAACAUUUACAGUUAUCUACCUGUAAUAUCAAGUACAUAGAAAAAGGAGCCUUUGAAGAAUUGAAUGAUCUCGAAUUUCUGGAUAUUUCAAAUAACCAAGACCUUACAAUAUCCGUGUUAUCCAAUAUAACUCAUGAUCUGCAAUAUUCAAACAUUCAAACGUUAAAGGCAAAUUUGCUUCAAUGUACAAACGGACUUUCGAUGGUAUUAAGAAUAAGCCACAUUAAAUAUCUUAGAAAUACUUCUUUGAAAGAGUUGUCCUUGGUUAAUAAUAGAAUAGGCAUCAUUCAACAUCUGCUUACCAGACACCUUCCUAAGACAUUGAAGUAUUUAAAUAUGAAUGAUAACCCGCUGAUUUACGGGAUUUAUUUACUUGAAGGAGACUUUCUUUCAAAUUUAGAAAGGUUGGACAUUGACAAAACAUUAAAUGAUACUUACCAUGAAACAGGCUGUAAGUAUACUUCAAACAGCUGUGAUAACAAAGAGGAAGAACUUACCGUGGAGGGAACGGAAUAUAAAGAGUCACCAGCGGUCUUUUCUUAUCAAUUACCCCCGAAGCUAAAAUCUCUUAGCAUUGCUAAUCAGAAAAUGUAUCUUCCUUUGAUAAAUUCCAAUUACGGAAUAACAUCUCGGAACUCAUUAACACAUCUGCAUAUUCAGGGAAAUCUUAUAUAUGACAUACAACAUUUUAGUGGGCUUUGGCGUCUAGAAUACCUUGAUGUCUCGAACAACUUCUGCUCUAAUAUUACCAAACAGCCAUUUCAAGAUAUGUCCAACUUGUUUUUUCUGAACUUAUCCAGAAAUCUUUUAGGAAAGGAAUUAAAGCGUCAGUCCUCAGAACAUGUAUUUGAUCACCUACGUGGUUUGAAGGUACUGGAUCUUUCCUACAACUGGAUUACCCACUUGCAUAAAGAUUUGUUUGUAUUCACGUCAAAUAUAGAACACCUAAACAUAAGUAAUAACGAAAUAGAAAGUGUCACUUUUGAUCUGUCAGCUGCCUUAAAAUUGCGUAGCAUAGAUUUGUCUUCCAAUAAAAUUGUGAUGUUGGAUUCAAAAUCAAUGGACUUUUUAGAUUCUUCGAGACAGAAACAACUCUCUAUCCAGAUGUCAAACAAUCCAUUACAGUGUACAUGCCAAAGCAUGGAAUUCCUCAAAUGGAUGCAAGAAUCUUCAAAUAAACAUUUUGUUGACAGAGAGAAUUACACUUGCACAUUCACAGACGGAAAAAAGAUUGAACUGCGCCAUUUAGAGCAGAUAAUCACUUCUUUAGAGCGUGAAUGUACAUCAUUUACAACAACAAUAGUCAUAGUGACCAUUAUUUUACUGGUCACAAUUAUUUUUGUUACUUCUGCCAUAAUGUAUAGGUAUAGAUGGAGACUGCGUUAUUUGUAUUACGCCGGUAAGAGAAGUUAUAAAGGAUAUUCAAGGAUCUUAGAUACAGGUAGAGAGUAUCAAUUUGAUGCUUUCAUUUCUUACUCUGAAAGUGAAAGAACAGAGUUUAUACCAAACCUUUUGAAGUUAGAAAGAGAAAAUAAUUUUAAAUUUUGUAUACACAGUCGUGACUUUAUAAUUGGUGUUAACGUAGCAGAAAACAUUACCAAUGCUAUUCACAACAGUAAACAUACGGUCUGUUUUCUGAGUAAAGCUUUUUUGGAAUCUGAAUUUUGCAUAUACGAGGCUCAAAUGGCUCGAAUGGAGAGUAUCUAUAGAGGAGGGGAAACAACUUUACUAAUUGUUCUUGUGGACAAAGAUCUUGGAGUUGUCUUGCCACCAUUUCUAAAGGAUGUAAUAAGAGAACAGACAUAUCUGGAAUAUGAUAAAGAAAUUAAAGAGGAGUUCUGGAAUGCUCUGGCUCAGGCAUUACGAGAAAUGUAAUUUUAAGUC